AUGGCCAAAAUCGGUAGCAUCCCCUGGUCGAAUGUGAACUAUAAGAGUGACGUCAUCGACGCGUUGAUGUGGUGUCGACGGGUAAUGCGAAUCCUCGGGAUCUGGCCGUUGAUGUUUCCAGAUACCUCGACGAUCGAGAAGAUCCUAGCGACGAUCUCGUUCUCGGUGUGUUGGUCCGCUCUCGGCUUUCUUCUCAUACCCAUGACUAUCUACACUCUUUCGGAUCAGACGGAGAUCAGCGACAAGAUAAAGAUGUUAGGUCCAUUGGGCUAUGUGGUCGCCUCGGUGAUGAAGUACAUGUUACUGGUGAUUCGUCAUAGAAGCAUUCGACGGUGCAUUCACGUUCUGGGUAUCGAUUGGCGCACAGUCCAGGAAGAGGAUUACCGAACGAUCAUGAUAAAGGACUCGAUGAAAGGGCACACGCUGUCUAAGUUUUGUAUGUCGUUUAUAUAUUGCGGGGGUCUGUGUUAUAACACCGUGAUACCAUUCUUGUCACGGAGACCUGAAAACGUGGUGAAUAUUACUUUCGGCCCGGUAACAUAUCCCGGCUUUGACAUCCUGUUCGAUCUGCGUUUUCUGCCGGCUUACGCGUUCGUCUUUUUCGCGCAAUUAAUGACCAGUAUCAUAAUGUUCAACAUCACCACGGCGGUGUGUUGUUUGGCUGCUACGUUCGUCGCUCACGCCUGCGGCCAGAUCGGGAUUGUGAUGGCGCGUGUGGAAUGUCUAGUGAAAGGUGUCCAGAACAAUCGUAAGAAAUCUGGCAUAGGGAUCAUUGUGAACCAUCAUGUACAGGCGUUAAGAUUUUCAGCCAGCAUCGAGGAUGUUCUAAAUGAACUAUGUAUGGUAGAAAUAGUGGAAUCAACGUUGGUGAUAUGCUUGCUGGAAUAUUAUUGUCUCGCGGAAUGGCACAACAAUGAUGGCUUUGCAAUUAUGACAUAUAUUUUUCUCUUGACGUCAUUCGUCUUCAAUAUUUAUAUGUUUUGUUACAUCGGUGAAUUACUGACGGACCAGUGCAGCAAAGUAGGAUACACUUCGUACGAAAUCGAGUGGUAUCACUUACCGGGGAAAACUGCACUCGAUCUUACCUUGAUGAUCAGCAUGUCCCAUAAUCCGGUAAAAAUCACGGCCGGGAAAUUAAUCAGCCUCUCGUUCACUAGUUUCGGUAACGUCAUGAAAACUUCGGUCGCGUAUUUAAACUUACUGCGAACCGUCGUUUGA